ACCCUGACUUAAGAUGGCGGAAAAGGAGGAGAGCGUCGAUAGCGAAAGCCUAGCUAAAUCAAGGGAACAGCGCAAAAAUGCCGGCAAUAAAAUGUCAAAACUGCUUGCAGAUGCUAGGGAUGACGAUUUCUACAAAACAGCCCUUGGUGGGUUUGAGGAUGAGUCUGACGAUGAAGAGUAUAUGUCGGAAGAUGAACAAUCCGAUCAAGUCGAUUCCGACUUCAGCUUGUCCGAAACAGAAGAAAUCGUCGAACAAGAUGAAGAUGAAAAUAAGAAACGCAAAAAACGAAAAGAAUAUUCAAGUCAAAGCACAGCUACUACUGGAGGGAAGAAGUCACCGGUGGAAUUGAGAACUUCGAGCAGGAAAUCGACCAGAGCUGCAACUGUACGAAGUGCAGAUAAGGAACGAAAAAGAAUUGAAAAGAAACAGGUAGAAAAAAAACAAGUGACCUUCUCCCAACUCAGGCCACUUACGCAAAAAGAACUGUUAGCAGAAGCAGAAGUCACAAAAAUCAACAUUGCCUCGCUAAAAGCCUACCAGCAAAUGGAAGAAACAAAGAAAAAAGCAAAAAAUCUCAAGCCUGUUCGCAAAGAACCUAUGAUUCGAUACCUUUCCUUAUCCAUGCCCAUGAUUGAGACCAUCAAUGAGAUCAAAGUUGAUGUUGAUGAUGACAUUAAGGAAGACCAAAUGGAUGAAAUUGAAACCAUGACCAAAACUCCCCUGGUCAAAUGUUCUAGAAACUUUAUAAUAUUCACAGAUCCGAAAACAUUUCCAGGAAACUAUUUUACCUGUGGUAAUAAAGUGACAGUUCCUCAAAAAGCAUAUUGUCCAGUUACCGGGCUUCCAGCCAAAUAUAAGGAUCCGGUGACAGGUCUACCGUAUGCAACGGCACAGGCUUUUCGAUACAUCAGAGACCAUUACGCCAAAAAGACAACGGAAGAUUGUAACAGCAUCAAGACAUGUGAUGGCAGAUUGAGGUCAUCACAAAGAUUGACAAAGCAAACAUACAUGGAAGCUUAAUGAUUUAAUAUGAAUGUAUUAUUUAAAAUGAUCAACUAGAUGUUAAAAAGUCUACCAGGGUUCAAAUUUGAAUCUCAUUAUUUACUAUCAAGUAUUUUAUAUGAACCCUAAAACUUCUCAAAUCAACUAAAGUACAGGUCAACAAAUUAUUCUAAACUACCUAUUCCAACAAAUUGCAUUAACUAUCUUGAUUUUCUUGAUGAAUUAAAUACGUAUUUAUUGCA